CGAGUCAACCAAACAACAACGAACAAGAAAAACAAAGCUGCACAUUAUUGUCAAUAUAUAAUGAAAUAUGUUCCUCCAAACUAAUGGUUAUUUGAUUCUUGAACAUCUGCAAGUCGAGAAGAAUAUGGAUUCGGGGCCAUCGUGGGCUGAUCAAUGGGAUUAUAACAAUCCUGACCCUCUUCCGUGUCCGACGAACGAGGAUGAGAGCAAAAAGAGCAGUAAGAAGCAGAAGAAGGAAGAGGAUGGAAGCAAAAGCAGUCUUGGGAAGACAUUACUUGGGUUCAAAUGGGUGAAGGAGCUCCGCAAGAAAUCUGAAAAGUGAUCAGUAGAGAGAUGUUAUUUGAUUCUUGUUGUUCUUAAUCCAUUCUUUCUCUUCUUCAUCUCUAUUUAGCUUUAGUGUUUUACUCCUAUUAACCGCUUCAAAUAUCGUUAAAAAGCAAAAGAAUUCAGGCAA